AUGGUGACAGCAACCCUGGCACUGUGGCUGAUCAUCCAGGAGCCCAAGUGCCAGGAUGCACUCAUGAAUUACAUCCCCCGCCUGCUCGUGGCUCUGCUGUUCCAAGUGUCCAUGAGCACAGAGCAGGUGCCAGAAGAGGUGAACAGCUUCUGGAGGGGAUGCCUGGAGCAACAUCGCCUCCCCACCCAGCCCAACAGGUUUUUGGUCCAGACCAUCAAGGCCCUGCUGUGCCAUCUGCCAUGGGAGGAUAUUUGGAUGGCAAGGAAGCGCAGGCUUGCCUGGGACCCACUCGUGAAUUCUGACACCCAUCACUAUGCAGUGGGUCUGCAUGUCAGGGAGAUGCGCCGCCAAUUGAUCCCCUCCCAUUCCCCACUGGCAAUCCACCUGCUGGGGCUGCUCAGCACUGAGGACCCCCGUUGGGAGCUGCCUGCCCUGGAGUUCCUUGUGGAGCCGCAGCUGCCCGGGACGGUGCCUGCGCCCUGUGCUGCUGCCUGGGCCCAGCCCUGGGCGGCUCUGGGCUCCUGCUGCCCGGGCACCCCGUCACUGCUCUCUGCCUUCCAGGUCCUGGACUAUCUGGACGCAAGGAGAUGUCACAGCAGUGUUGAGCAGAUCCUGUCAAGGCACCUGCAGAGCCAGUGCCCAGAGAGACGUCGCCUGGCUCUCCGAGGCCGCAUGGUGCUCUGGAUGGAUCUGUCAAUGGCCCAAAGCAUCUGCAGCCUGUCUCAACACCUCCUGGAGCUGCUGCCUGAUGAAGAUGGAGAGCUGGUCGUGAUGACCCUCUCUGUGUUUGUGAAUAUGCUCCGGGACAAAGACAUGCAGGCAUUCAUCUCCACUGCCCCCAAGCUGGCUGAGGCGCUCCGGCCACUCUUUGACAACCUGUCCUCCUUUUACUUCUUCCAAACGGUGAUGGAGGUACUGGUGGAAGGGGGAACAAGGCCCUUGGAGAUGCAGAUGCAUCAGACCCUGGUGCUGUGGUUCUUCCUGCACUAUGAUGAGCACCAGUGCGUGGCAGAGGUGCCGACCAUCGUGAGAUCCAUGCACCAGUGCCUCACCUCCCACAUGGCUCCAGGGAUCACGAUGCACACCAACAUCUGCAGGCUCGCUGAGGCACACCCACGUGAUGUGGUGAUGACUCUCCUGCGCUGUGCCCCAGAGUGUGACAGAGCUGCUGCUAUGAUGUGGAGAAGCAUCGGCUCCUCAGCAAGAGCAGUGGAGAAGGUGCUGCCAGUACUGCUCCAAGUGAUGGAGGAUUGGCCAGUGCAUGGAAUGCCCACCUCCGAUGGUGACAACAGAGAUGUCUUUGCCGUGACUGCAACCCUGGCACUGUGGCUGAUCAUCCAGGAGCCCAAGUGCCAGGAUGCACUCAUGAAUUACGUCCCCCGCCUGCUCGGGGCUCUGCUGUUCCAAGUGUCCAUGAGCACAGGGCAGGUGCCAGAAGAGGUGAACAGCUUCUGGAGGGGAUGCCUGGAGCAACACCGCCUCCCCACCCAGCCCAACAGGUUUUUGGUCCAGACCAUCAAGGCCCUGCUGUGCCGGCUGCAGUGGGACAAUGAGGUGGUGUCAGUGGAGCGCAGGUGUGGCUGGGACACGCUCCUCUGUGCUGACACCCAGCACUAUGCAGUGGGGCUGCUGGCCAGGGAGAUGCGCCACGUCUUGGUCCCUUUCUAUUCCCCCAUGGCAAUCCACCUGCUGGGGCUGCUCAGCACUGAACACCCUCGUUGGGAGCUGCCUGCCCUGGCCUUCCUUGUGGAGGUCCUGGACUUUCUGGAUGGGAGUAAAUGUCGUGACAGGGUCCUGCCCAUCCUGUCGAGGAACCUGCAGAGCCAGUGCCCAGAGAGGCAGCGCCUGGCACUCAGAGGCCUCCUGGUGCUUGCUGUGGAUCCCUCAAUGGCCAAAAGCAUCUGCAGCCUGUCCCAACACCUCCUGGAGCUGCUGCGUGAUGCAGAUGGAGAGCUGGUCGUGAUGACCCUCUCUGUGUUUGAGAGUGUGCUCCGGGAUGAAGACAUUCGGGCAUUCAUCUUCACUGCCCCCAAGCUGGCUGAGGCGCUCCGGACACUCUUUGACCAUGACAACACCCACGUGCAGCUGCUCUCCAUUCGCCUCUUCCGAGAGGUAAUGGAGGUGCUGGCAGAAGAGGGAACACAGCUCUUGGAGACUCAGGUGCACCAGAGCCUGGUCCCACUCUUCAUCCAUGGGCAUGACGAGAACCAGUGCGUGGCAGAGGCCUCUCGGGAAGUGCUGCUUUGCGCUGCCAGGUUCCUCAAGAGAAGGGACCUGGAGAAGCUGCUGAGGAAAGAGCAGCACUUCAAGUUCUGCGAUUGCCUGAUGGACAAGGACGUGAGCCGAAGGGCUGAACACCUGCACCAGGCCCUGCCCUACCUGCAGAGCCCACAGCAGCCCCUGCGAGAGGCGGCCGUCAGGUUCAUGGGGAUUGCUGCCUGGCACAUGCAAGACCUGCAGCUCCUCAUGAGGGCCUUUGAAGCCAUCAGCCAAGACGACUGCCCGUCCUACUGCACCAUGCGGACUGAAUUCUUGUCCGCUUUCAGACGGGCAGUAACAAAGUAAUCUCCAGCCAGACAACCUGCGUCCCUCCAACAGCACCGGAAGACCAAGGGACGAGACCACUUCUCAGCGGAGCUGGAGAUUCAGCUGAUGCUGGGCCCAACUGAGCCAGCGGGCAAGGCCAGGCAGCUC